AUCUGUUCUGCUGUUGGCCUGGUUCUUCGGGAACUUUGUCCUCGGCUGGUUUCGACAGAAUAACGUAAAAAGCCGAACGGAGCAGAGAGAGCAGCCGAGCAGAGGCACGGACAGCCCGGACCAGAGCUGCUUCUGCCAUGUAAGUCCCCCCAGAACCGGGCCGGUUUGAUUUCAGCCACUGUCGCUGGUUAAUGCGGGCUUUAUUUUAUUUAAUCACGCUGUCAGCGACUCUACUACAGCGGAAGUGCAGAGCUUCUAGCAUUUUCUACUGUCUACUCAGUGUGACGUCACAGAGUGUCUGAACGUGAGGGGACGUCAACAACAUCUCCGGUCUGUUUUUGUCCCGUUAAUAAUUUUAUUUCAGUUUAAGAGACAACAAAAUAAAUACCAGUGUGUGUAGAAUGGGAGAAUAAAAUACUAAUCAUUCCAUCAGUGUUUCAAUCUUAGCAUUUAGUUAUCAGAAAUGCGUUAGUUUUCUACUGAAACUUAUUUAGAUUAUUGUCAUUAGUAUUCUAAUUCUUCCUCCACAUUUUGCGAAUUACAACACAAAAUAUGUAUUACAUAAAUAUAUUUAUUUAUUUUUCUUUUGUUUUGUAUGGCAAGAUGUUAUGAUGUCAUCAAGCAAAAAUGGUAUUUUUUUUAUUUUUUUUAUGUUUGAGAUAAAUAAAAAAUAAAUCAAAUAAAGGUACAUCACUCAGUCAGAAAUCUAUAUUUUUUUAACUGAAGAAAAUGUAAAUAAUAAGUUGAUAUUUUUAAGACAGUGUGAUUAUAAAUGUACUGAUUAUUUAUAUAAAUAUAUAGUGAGUAAAUGUAGUCAGUUUUAAUUGAUUAUACGGACUGUGCUGGUUUACUAUCAUUUGUAAGACUGUCAUUAUUGAUUUGUAAGAACAUCUUUCCCUGUUUCACAUAUUCGAAUUCUAACUUCAACUAAAUUCAGUAUCAGUUAAAAAUGAAAUAUUAUUACAUGUUUCUGUAAUAACUGAUGUGUUGUUUAUUAAUGAUGGAUGCUCUGGUAGUUACUGUUAUGUAAAAUUAAUGCCAUUGAAUUUUGUUUAUUUGAAAAUGAACUGAUUAUAAUGUUGGCAUUUAAAGGCUUUAUUUCCUUCAUUUCAUUUGGGUAAAUCAAAUUAAACGUCUUUUCCCCCCCUUUUUUAUGUUCAACCAAAAACAGGAAACCAGAAGAAAUAUGUAUCAUGUUUUAAACAUAAAUAUUCUUUAACAGUGGAGUAUUUGCUGAACUAACAGCUGCAGCGUUGGCUCCAAAUGAAAACAAGCUAACAACAACAGAGUUCCCGUUUUAGGCUCUACUAACGAUCCAACACUCUCGCCUGGCCGCUGUUGUUCCCAUCACUGAGAAGAAAAGCGUGGUGUUUUCUGAUUGGCUAAGGCAAAGUUCCCGCCUUCUGCCGUUCCAUGGGAGUUGUAGUCUUUGGCGCCAUAGCCCCCAGUGCGCUCAGACCGGGCUCGAGACUACAAAGCGUCAGGGCGGGCGGGCUUUUAUUUUGACAGCUCGUUGUUUGGGGGCGGGGCCAGGGCCGGGCAUGGGGCUGGAGGCGUGCACUGACAGGUCAGCCCGCAGACAGAGCUGCUGCUGCUGGGAUACAUGGACACUGUUUAGGGGGGAGUGAAUUAAUCUGAAAUAAAAUAAAAACGUUAAAACAUAAACCGGAAGUAGCAGCAUGCUGAGAGGGAUCUGUUUCCUCCUUUCUUUCCUGGCUCUUCGGGGACUGCUGCACUCAGAGCUGACCGGAGUUCUGGACGACUGCUUCUGUGACGUGGAGAGCAUCGACGUCUUCAACAACUUCAAGAUCUACCCUCGAAUCAAGAAGCUGACAGAGAGGGACUACUUCAGAUACUACAGAGUGAUUCUGAAACGGCCGUGUCCUUUCUGGCCUGAUGACGGACACUGUGCCAUCAAAGACUGCCAUGUGGAGCCGUGUCCAGAGAGUAAGAUCCCCGUGGGCAUCAAGUCUGGAAACUACAACAAGUACUCCCAGGCCGCCAACACCAUGUCGGACAUGACGGAGUGUGAACAGGCCAAAGAGCUGGGCGCCAUCAACAGCACCCUGAGUAACCAGAGCAAAGAGGCGUUCGCUGACUGGGCGAGACACGACGAUGCUCAGGAUCACUUCUGUGAGCUGGAUGAUGAAACCUCUCCAGAUGCCGAGUACGUGGAUCUGCUGCUGAACCCGGAGCGCUACACCGGGUACAAGGGUCCUUCGGCCUGGAGGGUCUGGAACAGCAUCUACGAGGAGAACUGCUUCAAGCCCAGAUCCGUGUACCGACCUCUGAACCCUCUAGCUCCCAGCAGAGGAGAUGACGACGGAGAAGGUUUCUACAACUGGCUGGAAGGUCUGUGCUUGGAGAAGAGGGUUUUCUACAGACUCAUCUCCGGCCUCCACAGCAGCAUCAACAUCCAUCUGUGUGCCGAGUAUCUGCUGGACGAGGGCUGGGGCCGCUCGGUCUGGGGUCCAAACGUUCAGGAGUUCCGGCAGCGCUUCGACACGGCGGAGACGAAAGGUGAGGGCACGCGGCGGCUAAAGAACCUCUACUUCCUGUACCUGAUCGAGCUGCGAGCGCUCUACAAGGUCGCUCCGUACUUCGAACGAGCCAUCGUCAACCUGUACACGGGAAACUCUGAGGAGGACGGCGCCACCAAGGAGCUGCUGCUGCAGAUCUUCAACGAGAUCAAAACGUUCCCCAUGCACUUUGAUGAGAAGUCCAUGUUUGCUGGACACAAGAUGGAGGCCAAAACGUUAAAGGAGGAGUUCCGUCUCCAUUUUAAAAACAUCUCCAGGAUCAUGGACUGUGUCGGCUGUAGUAAAUGUCGUCUGUGGGGAAAGCUGCAGACUCAGGGUCUGGGUACGGCCUUGAAGAUCCUCUUCUCUGAGAAAGAGAUCCAGAACCUUCCAGAGCACAGCCCCUCCAAAGGUUUCCAGCUGACUCGCCAGGAGAUCGUGGCCUUACUGAACGGCUUCGGCAGAUUGUCCACCAGCAUACAUCAGCUGCACAACUUCCGCCUGCUGCUGAAGGAGAAUAGGUAACACGAGGCGAUGCCACACCUGGCCAGUAGGCGGAGCCUGCCCACAGAGAACUGCAGCGGAGUAAUCCUGAAGGGCUUUUCCAUGGACACAAGGAUCAGAAUGAACCCCAAAAUACUCAAAACUCUCUCUAGUCCCCAUAAUCCCCUCUGCCCAGGUCAGACCAAAGAUUCACGACGCUACACGACCAUCUUAGAGCGCCACCGCUCAGAGCUGAUUGGCUCACAGCGAUGCCAGGGAUCCCAGCUGGCUUUAGCGUGUUAGGCGUCUCAGAGCCCAGAGACUAAAAAACUGAAAACAAAAACAUUUUACUGUUUUCUAAAAAGAAAUGGAAAAAAAGAAAAAGUUUUAUUUUCAUGUUUUUGUUUUUUUGUUCCAGUCAGGAAAGAAAGAUCACAGAGCAGAACGCUGGUGAUGUAACAUCCUUUCUUCACAACCUCUCCAGUGGUCAAACAGAGAGGAGAAAAAGAAUGUUACACCACCGUGUUCUGUUUUUUUCAUGUUAUGAUCAGAAAAUAAAACAUAAAGAUUUUCAUUUUUGAUUCCACUGUAAAACUGUUUGUUUUUUUUCUUUGUUUCUGGGUUUUGGAUUCCUGGUUUCCAUGAAUCCGUUGGCUGUGAGCUUCACAAUCUCUGGUCUGAUUUGGGCUUUAGAUCUUCAGCGUUCCUUCUCCUCCUCCCACCUUCGUCAGAAAAGUCUCUGGAAGCUUCUCCUGGUGACCUGUGGUGACCUUUCGGUCGGCCAUUGCUGGAGAAACCCAAAGGUGCUGGAACUGAUUUCUGAUCUCUGAGUUUGAGUUUGACUGGAAAAGUGGAGGAAGCGUCUCCGCUCUCUCCCUGCUGACAUCACAUCCUGUCUGAUUCUCCUCUCUGGUGAACUUUGGCGGCUCCUCUGUGAGGAUGCAGAGACUCCUGGCCUCUAAAUCAGGACUCAGAGAGGACUGACACUGUUUGCUGCUGCCUAAUUUCUUAUUUUGUGUUUCCUCCUCGCUCUCGGCUUCUUUUUAGAGUUUUCUCGCUCGAAGCUUGAGGAUCAGGACCAACCCGCUCGUGUUCGCCAUCGUAGGCCUAAUUUAUGACCGCUCUUUAGUCGGGAUGUGUGAUUGAGUAUGAAUGAAGAGGCGUUUCAGUCCCACGGGUUCUAGAUCAUCUUUAUUUUAACAGAGCUGAAUCCUGUAAGAGUCUACCCUGUUCUAGUGAAACUCUUUAAAGACGGCCGCGGUUUAAGAAGAGGCUGCUGAUGAUUCUGAGGGGACUAAAGAAGGAGGAGUUUACGUUAAUGAGAAGGGUGGACGUUAUUGAUCAUGUUUGUGUGAUCAGACGAUGACGCCACAACAACUGAAGGGGAAUUCUGAUGUUUUAACCAGGGUCUACAUGAGAGCCCUCUGCUCCUCACUUAAAUUUAAAUGAGAGCUGUUUUAAUAGGACUGAGGCUUUAGGGUCUGCUGCACUCUUAUAUUUGAUGUUUUAGCUUCUGCUCCUUUGUUGGUAUUCUUCAGCAGAGUGUUUUAUAACGACACUCUAACAUCCGUCUGAACUGUUAGGAUCAGUGAUGCUUAGUCAGCGAGGGUUAGCCUGUCAGAGCCUUUAUGUUUGUGUGUGAGGGAGUACAGGAUCACGUUAGCAGCAACACACUGCAGAGAAAUGCUGGAACCAUGGCGUAUGAAGCUUCAUUUUAACAGGAGAGGCAUUCUAGUGGGAGUCUUCACAUACAUGAUAGGGCUGAGCAAUUAAUCAAAAAUUGGAUUACAUCUCAGCCACAAUUUGUGUUAAAAUAGCAGUUUAAAACUUUUGUUUGCAGCAGAGAUGUAAUGCAUGACAUAUGCAAUCAUUCAAGCACCAUUU